UGUCGCACUCUGCCGUCAGUUCGGUCAGUCGUCGUGACAACCUCGUUGAUACCGUUUCUAUUCCUCGCUUCGCUUCGUUUACUAAAGAUAGAGAGAGAGAAAGAGAGAGACAGAAAUCGCCGCGAACUCGUCGCGACAUUAUAGUUUUGUAUUAUACGAGAAAAUCUUUGAAAAUCGAUAUCGAACUUCUCUCUCUCUCUUUCUAUCUCUCUCGCGCGCACGCACACGAGCUAGCCGGUAAUCAUCGACAAAACUAUGACGUGUCGUAGUGUUGCGAAGAAAGGAUGAAGGGAAGCUUACUUCGCAACGUUCACGAAUGGCGAGUGUAAUUUGUGGGUUUUCCUCGUUUUGUGAGAUCCGGACAGGUGUGUGCUUCGUAACCCUUGGCGAUACUUUAUUGUAUUGAGAGCUAACGAAGAACAAUUCAACGACAUGAGCUUGCAAACUAGCCCACCUUGGCUUUAAUCGAAGACAUCCUCGCAGAUGCACAGACAAAACUCUUCGUCAUGGUGGAGGAGAACGCAGGGACGGGUGCUCGACUGGAUGGGGAGUUGCAACGUGGAAGAGGAGAAAACGUAAUCUUACGUGGCGAAUCACGUGAUGUUGUUCCUAGUACAUCGUCAUCGUCGGCUGCGGCAUUGAACAAUAACGGUGCUACGAGUAACAGCAAUCUGGCUAGCGGUGGUAUAAUAAACAGUAACAACAAUGGAUCAUCCCCGGCUUCCAGUGGUAUCGGCAAUCCGAAUCUCUGUCAAGAGGGAAACGAAUCUCAAACACACACGCAGGAAGAUGGUAAAAGACUCAGUGCUAAUAGCAGUCCAGUUGAGAAGAGAAGUUCGGCCAGUGAUAAGUCGGUUAGUCCGAUAGAUAAGAAAAAUAGUCCGAUCGAUAGGAAAGACAGGUCUAGUCCCAUAGAUCGAAAGAGUAGUCCCGUAGAAACUCGAAACAGUUCGCCAUGUCGAAGUCCAAGCGAGAAAACCCGAAGGUCCUACGCGUUAAAUCGCGAUAAAACACGGCUCGGCGAGUCCGGAAGAAAUUUAGAUUCGCGAUCUAGAAGUGCCAGUCCUGAUAGGGGCUCUUCGAACAGGACAUCCUUCCUACAUCGUGGUUGCAGCGAUCUAUCGGGCGUCGAAAGGCUUCGAAUUUCUACUAAUCCUGACUCAUUGAGAUCGCGAAGAUUUUGUAGAGUUACGACGGAUCCGGAGACCGACGUUCGUAAAGAGAUCGUUGAUAACGACGUACGACCGGAGGAAGACAAUGAACCACCUGAUCCAGCUCCAGGAAGUAGACCCGCCUCACCGGCAAAUUCUUUAGGGAUUUGCGACGACAGCGUAGUCGGAGCAAGAUUAUCGAAUCUACAUGGUAGCGGAAGUAGCGGAGGUUCCGUUGAAUUAGCUAGCGCGAGAAGGCUACGAUUGGAGAACGAACGAUUAGUCGCUGAAGUUGCGAGGUUGAGGAGGUUGUUACUUACCGGUGCGGCACGUGGCGAAGUUGGAGCCGAGGAUGCGGCAUUGGAGGAGGAGGCACGCUUUGUCGCCCUCGAAAUGGAAUUGCAACAUGCGAAGGAAGCCUUGCAUGCACUGAAAGCCGAUCGUAAACGAUUGAAGGCCGAAAAGUUCGAUCUGCUCAAUCAGAUGAAAGCUUUGUACGGUACCCUUGAAGAUAAGGAACGAGAGCUACGUGAUUUUAUACGUAAUUACGAACAGCGUAUGCGAGAGAACGAGGCUACGUUGGGUCGUUUUCAACAACAGGAAGGCGGUAUGUCCUCGGAGGAACGUGAAAGAGAACGAGAGAGGGAACGUUGGAGCCUUUUAAGAGCAGCGAGAGACGAGGCGGAUAGAAGCUUAAGCCUUGCCGCGAGUCUGGCUGACAAAGAAGUUGCCCUAUCGCAUGCACGUGCUACUAUAAAGGAGCUUCAACGUCAAUUAAUGGAAAGAGGAGGCGGCAGUGGCGGCGGCGGAGGUGCCUGUUUGAGCGAUCAGGAAUCCUUGGUGUCCUUCCCACGUGGCACCGUAAAUGGCGUGGCAACUCCAGGUGCUGGAAGUAACAGUGGCGGUGGUGUUAGUGGUAUCAUCCCUCAUAUCAAUUCUCAGCCACCCUUAGGGACAACGGAGUUGGGGAUGGCCAGUAAUAUGAGUGGUGGUGGUACAGGUGCAAUAUCCUCGGGUGGACAAGCUGGAGAUCGUGGUAGCUGUAGUGCCGAUAGUGGUGUUCGUGGAUCUAGCGAUAGAGAAAGUGGUGGUGCAACGAGCAUCGGUGGAAAUCUAUCGGACUCGACGACCGACGGAACACCGACAAUUACGAUCGAAGGAAGCGGUCCCGACAUGGACAACAUCUCUGUGGUAUCCUCCGUAGCACCUCCCCACAUGUAUCAGUCAGCGACGACACCAAAGGAUUGUAGUCCCACGCUGUCACCAUUGAAUGCAUUUUCAAGAUCUACAGACAACACUUCGUUAUCACGAUCAGUGGAACAAUUGUCGAGUCCUUUAGAACCUGAACCAAGAAGAAACAAACAAGCACCAACUGUAGCAGCACCUACAACACAUUCACGCUCUUCCGCCACUCGAGGUGGUACAUGGGGUUCUAUAUCAAGGGUUUUCGCACGGUCACGAAAUCGAAAGAGUGCUAACACUUCCAGCAGCGGAAGUGGUGCUAAUGAAUCUUCAGAGGGAUUCGAUCCUUAUAGAUCAUGGUCGCCUCUUACCGAGGAAGGUUAUGCCGAGAAGCUUCGUUUGUUGAGAGAAGCAGCAUCGGUGCCAAUGGAACGAUGGAGAGCACCGACCGUUUUAGCAUGGCUCGAAGUAGCUCUUGGUAUGCCACAAUAUGGUCCAAGAUGUGCAGAAAAUAUCAAAUCCGGCAAGGUACUCCUUGAACUGAGCGAUGCUGAGUUGGAAGCUGGUUUAGGGGUGACUCAUCCUCUUCAUAGAAAAAAGUUGCGGUUAGCUAUCGAAGAACAUCGACAUCCUAAUCUGGUUAGAUAUCCUUGCAUAGCUCAGCUCGGUCAUACUUGGGUUAGUUCCGAGUGGUUACCUGAUCUUGGACUAGCACAAUACUCGGAAAGCUUUGCUACCAAUAUGGUCGACGCACGUAUGCUCGAUCAUUUGAAUAAAAAAGAAUUGGAAAAAUUACUUGGCGUAUCGAGGAAGUUUCAUCAAGCUAGUAUAGUACACGGGAUACAUUUAUUACGAAUGUUGAAUUACGAUCGUCAGGCACUCGCCGUAAGAAGACAUCAAUGUGAACAAGUUGACACGGAUCCUUUGGUAUGGACUAAUCAAAGGUUUAUAAGAUGGGCAAGAAACAUCGAUUUGACCGAAUACGCAGAAAAUUUAAAAGAUUCAGGGGUACACGGUGCGCUCGUUGUAUUGGAGCCAUCCUUCACUGGCGAUACAAUGGCUACCGCUUUGGGUAUACCACCAGCGAAGCACAUGAUCAGGCGACAUCUAACAGCCGAACUCGAAGCCCUCGUUUUACCAGCAAGAAGUCAACUGGAGGUCGUCCCGAAGGGCAGCACUGUCAGAGGUCGUCAAAUGAGUACCAUGAGCGCCGGUGGUAGUCUCAAUCGUGGAAGCAGAGCUCUACAUCAGCACCAUCAAACCUCACUAUCGGCUCUUCAUAUGACGGCAAAUCAUGUUGGAACUGUUGAUAGACGGAGAUCCAGUCUCAGGUUAUCGUGGAUGAACUCACAGGGUUCCUUGAGUCGUGCGUUUGGUCUACGACCGAGAAGUGAAAAGGCGUCGCCAUCAUCCUCAUCGGAUACAGGAAGUCUUGCCAGUCAAUGUCAAUACAUUAACAGCGUACGAAGUAAUUCACCGGCACCUGAGAUUACCGUUGGGAAGAAGCAUCGUCGUGUUAAGAGUAUCGGUGACAUCGAAUAUAUAACAAGCGUGGCGGUGAAUACACCAGUCUGACAAGAGGAUAGGCUCCAUCAUUCGGGGCCUUAUAGAAGUUUGAGCGAACGUGGAUAUUCAUCGUCUUAUUCAUCGUCUCAGUGUAGCUCCUUCUCGGGUUACAGCAACGUAUUAGCGGACGAUCAAUAUCAGUGCGAGCAAUCAACCGGGAAUUAUUAUCAAUUACAAAACAGCUCUUAUUCACCGCAAAGCUUGGGCCAACCAUUUCCCGGUGUACAAAGAUAUGGGAGCCUGGCCGAAGAAACAUGGCAAUCAACCACGAAAGAGGACACAAAUACGAAGAAGAAGAAGAAUCAACGAACUUAUCUGGUGGAGUAGUAAUUAGUAAUUUUCUCUUUUUUUCUCCUUUAAAUAGAAUCUUAUAUUUAUCGAUCGAUCUCCAUCUUUUUUCUGUUUUCUCUCUUUUUCUCGUCUCGUUUUUCUUACGUUUCCGUUUUUUAUUAUCCCUUUUUUUAUUUUUUAUUUUCUUACGAAUAAUAAGUAAAAUCGAUCUGUCGUAAGUAUAUACAUUGAAAGAAUUUCGAUCGAUUCUUUACGCAUAUCGAUAAUAAUCAGGUAUAUCCUAUUACGGAAUAAUAAUAUAAAAAGAUAAUUAUCUCGCGCAAGAAGUUUUUUAUUUAUUUAUUUUUUUUAUUUUUUCUUUCUUUUCUUUCAUAGAACACAACCGGAAUAUAUAACGAUCACACGGUGAUAUAACGUUGAGAAAUAAUUGAAUGAUAACGAGAGAGACUGGCCUAUGUAUGUAAGUACAUGAGAUUUUAAAUUCUCGACACGAUACGAUUAUCAAUGAAAAAGAAAAUAAAUGAUCAAGAGGAACGUCUGUGAUUGUCAGUGUGUGUGUGUGUGUGCGCGUGCGUGCGUGCGUACGUACGUGUAUGUAUGUGUUUGACUUAAACUUCAUACACGAUGAAACGAAUGAUAAUCACGUUUAAUAACAACGAAUAUGAUUAUUUCGCUUCAUACAAAAAGAAAAAAAAAAGAAAAAGAAAAAAUAGAGAAGAAUCUAUGUUUUUACGUUAUAUCCGGUACUAAUUCUAUUCCUGCCACAUGACAGAUACGAUUAAUAUUAUAAUAAUAAUAAUAAUGAGAGAGAGAGAGAGAGAGAGAGAGAGAGAGAGAGAGAGAGAGAGAGAGAGAGAGAGAAUGAAAGAAAUUCUUUUAACGAGGAUAGCCCUAUUACGACGAAAAGAACCCAAAAUGUAUACAUAUAUACGUACAUACAUACGUACAUACAUACAAACAUAAAAACAUAGAUAUCACGAUUAUUAUUUUAUCUCCAUUCGUUGUUCAUAUUUAAUGAAAAAAUAAUCAUUGAGUGAUCAUUAAAUGUAUAUAUUAUCUAAUAAUAAGAAGAAGAAGAAAAAAAAAACAAUACUCUCUAGUUAAAUCUAUAGGACGCAUUUAACUUUAGAUUAGAAAAACGAGACGAAUGAUUUAGGAUUAGCUUAAAAGGGAUUAAGAAGAAAAAAGAAAAAAUAAUAACAAUAAUAAUAAUAUUAAUAAUAAUAAUAAUAAUAAUAAUAAUAAUAACAAUAUUAAUAAUAAUAAUAAAAAUAAUAAUAAUGAUAAUAAUUUCGUCAAGCGCAUAUCCAUAGGUACGACGAAAUGAAUGACGUCGAAAAAGAAAAAAGACAAGAAGGAAAGAAAAAAAAAAUGAAAAAAAGAAAGAAAUAUAUAAAUAAAAAAAAAAGCACAAUGCAUAAUUUGAAUAUUCAUAAAAUGAAAUAUGUUUCUUAAUUCGAGAGAAGAUGAUGGGCUUCCAUCUGUAAUCUGUCGCAUGUACCCCACUUGGUAUAUUCUAAUCGUAAAUAUUGCUAUUGUGUAAUAAAAUUAAAUAACGAGCGUUUUUGUUCAUAAUCGUUAGAUCAUGUUUUAUCAUCAGGUAUCAUAACGUAACAAUAUUAAUUAGAUUUAACUAAUCAACAACACGUCGAGCGCGUUGUACAUACAUUAAUUUAUAUUCAAGACGGUAUUUAAGAGAGAUAUUAGAUAUUUUUUAUGAAAGAUCAAACGAAACGUGAAUGUUCUUUCGCUUUUUCUCUCUCUCUCUUUUCCUCUCUCUAUCUCUCUUUCUCUAUCUCUUUCUCUAUUUUAAUUUAUUUAUUUGUGCUUCCUAUCAAUUUUUGUGUUCGUAAAUUAUUUAAAAAAAAAAUGAAUAUAAUUAUAAUAAACAACAAUAAUAUAAUUGAAAAAUAACAAUAACAUCUAUAUAAUAAUAAUAAUAAUAAUAAUAACAAUAAUAUUAAUAGUAAUAAUAAUAAUAAUAAUAAUAAUAAUAAUAAUGAUAAUGAUAAUAAUGAUAAUAUACAUAUAACGAUAAUAACGAUGAUAAAUGAUAAUUUCGGGGGAACAAAUUCAUUCUUAACGAAAUUACACAACCUAAUUCCAAACGCACAUAUGCUGUAAUAUAUAUAUAUAUAUAUAUAUAUAUAUAUAUAUAUAUAUAUAUAUAUAAGAAAAAAAAAGAUUGUAUACAAGUGUGCUUGUCUCUUUUAGAGUAAGAGACAAAAUAUUCUUGUUGCUCUAAUUCGAUAGAAAUACACAAAGUAAGAUUACUGACUCCAUGUUCUAAAGCAUUACUUGCUUAAGUGGCUUACUAAUGGAAAGUGGAUUUCGAAUGAUAUAUUAAUAUGAUGGGUGGGGUGGGAUGGGAGAUUAGGGGAGAUUAGGGGAAGGGAUAAAAUAUGUAUAAUCUCUAUGAUAAAAUAUCAUAUCAGGUACGUAUUCUGAGAAAAUAUAUGUAGUAAUGAUUGUACUGCCUUGUGUAUCAAAUUCCACUGUUCCAUUAUACCUCGAUAUAUAACGUGGUUGACGCUCCUUGUAAAGCUGUUUUUAUGAGAGGGGGAAGAAAAAAAAAAUAAAAGAAAAAAGUAAAGACAUAGCUUUUAUUUAUCAUUGCGCAUCAAGCACAAAAAUAAUAAAAAAUAAAAAAUAAAAAAAAAAUUUAAAAAUGCAAAAAGGAAGGGGGCCACUACUAAAUAAUAGAGGACACAAUGAUGGUAUAGUGGACAAAUAUAUGAUAUAGUGGAAAAAUAUGAGAAGGGUGAAGGAGGAUGACAAUAUUUAUCAAGGGGAAAUGUAAAAUAAUUUUUCGAAUGAAUUUGACUUUUCAAAGAUGGUGACUUACUUGUGUGUUUCUAUUUAUGUUUAUAAAACGUACCCGUAGUUUUUAAUAAGUACAUACAUAACUACAUACAUCCAUUCAUACAUACAUACAUACAUACAUAAAUACAUACAUACAAGGCACAAUUGCAUAUUAUAUUUCAACAUUCCACUCUAGCUUCGGCUCUGUGUAUUGACUAUAAUUUAAACAUUAAUUAUGUUGAGCCCUGAUUACACAAUCAUAGAAAAUAUUUAGGAUAUGUGUAGCAGAGAGUAAAAAUAAGAGUGUCAUAUAUAUGUAUAUGUAUGUAUAUAUAUAUAUAUGUAUAUCUAUAUAUACAUAUAUAUAUAUAUAAUGACAAAUUAGGGAGAUAUAUAUAUAUAUAUAUAUAUAUAUAUAUCGACACUUUCAAGACCACAAUAAAAUUAAAUUGAGUUCAAUUGACCCGUUGCAAGAAACAAUUUAAAUAUAACAAAAAGACAAAAAGGAAAAAAGAAAAAAACAAAAAAGAAAAAAAACUGCCGAUAUAUAAUUGCGUUUCUUAAAUGACAAAUAAGAUUUCAUUUAUAAAUAUACUUCUCUUUCUGAUGCCAGAAUACAUAUAUUUAAGAUAAAUUUUUUAAAUCUCUAUUAUUCUAACUUUGAUAAUUUAACUGACAAUUAUUGAUGUUAAUUAAAAAACUCCAUUGAACUUUCUUAUAAAGUUCAACCGGUGCAAGUUUCAUUGCAAAAAGUAUUUAUUAAUUGCGAAGGGAAUAUAUGAAGCACAAAAAAAAGAAAAGAAAAGAGAACAACCGAAUGCACUAUGUACGUGUGAAAAUAUAGAAAUUAUGAAAUUUCCUUAAAAAACUGAAAUAAGAAUUUACUAAACUAAACUAAAUUGUAUACUAUACUUUGAUAUUUUUAUUCUACAUAAUACCAUAAUUUUUUAAAUUGUGCAAUAUAUAUAUAUAUAUAAUCUCUUGUAUUAAUAUUUAUCUAUUUGUGUAUCUAGAUAACGAUACAUUUAUGAAUCUCCGAUUAAUUCGAGGCAACAGACUUUUAUUGAAAUAUUUCUCUAAUAAAUUAUAUUCGAUUGACAGUAAUAAUAAUCGUGCACAUAAAGUGCUGGCUGGAAUAAUGUUUUAUAUGUCAGUAUGUUGAGAAUUCUUAUUGACGACUAAACAGAUUAUUCUACUUUCUAUGUGUUCUGCUUCUUAUUACUACAUAUAUAUACAUAUAUAAUAUAAUAUAUAAUAUAUAUAAUAUACUAUAUAAUAUAUAAUAUAAUAUUAUAUAUAUUAUUAUUAUAUAUUAUAUUAUAUUUUAUAUAUAUACAUAUAUAUAUAUAAUUUAUUCAUUGGACGUAACAUGUGUGUGAUUGUAAAUGAUAUUUUUGUAGAUAUAAUAUUUAUAUAAUUUGAUAUUUAUUAAUAGGAAAUCAUUUUAUAAUGUUUUUCCAAGCGCGCCGUCUUGUUAAUUCGAUUAAAAAGUGAUCUAAUCAGAGAUAUUAUGCGAGCGAUUGUCGAAAGUGGGUCUUCGCCAAUUUACGUAAAUGUACAAUGUGACGAUUUAAAAUUCUAACGAUAUCAUGCUUUCGUCUAUCUAAUAUGUUUAUUUAAAGACAUUUAUUUCAGAUCUGACGUAGAGCAGUCAUAUAUGCAAAUUUUUCAGAUCUACUAAUCAUUUGAUCUGAUUUAUAUUUUAAAAAUAUCGACAAACGAUAGAUCGCGAUAUCGUUUAUAUCAAUCAUCAUAAUAUUCGCUUGCGAAUAUCUAUUUAAACUGUGAGCUAAAAGAUUGAAAGAAAAAUCGUUGUAUAUGUGACCAGUACUGUUUGUAUAUAUUUGUGUGGAUUGUACCUAAAUAUUUCGAGAAAGAGAAAUAAACAAAUACUUUUACUUCUGUGGAA